AUGGGGCUGUGUUUUCCUUGUCCCGGGGAGUCCGCUCCUCCCACGCCCGACCCGGUGAGUAAAAGAGCAAAGCUUGCAGAGGCUGCAGAGAGAAGACAAAAGGAGGCUGCAUCUCGGGGAAUUUUGGAUGUGCAAUCUGUGGAAGAAAAGAGGAAGAAAAAGGAAAAAAUAGAAAAACAAAUCGCCACUUCUGGGCCCCCACCAGCAGGUGGACUUAGAUGGACAGUUUCAUAAAGCAUAACAUGAAUAAGAGAGUCUACUGCCAAGAGUUGUUCAACAUCUGCAAUCAAAUUGAAUUCCUUAAUUUAAUUUCUUCUUUUUGAAAACAGUAAGAGUCAAACUUUGUAAUAUCAGUGCCCUUAAGUGCAGAGCUAAAUCCAUACUGAAGAUAUUGGAAAAACUUGAUUUUCAAGCUCAGAAAUUAGUCAGACCUCUCAUUAAAUUCUUAUUUCCUGUGUUUGCUCUUCUAUAGAAAGUGAGUGGUUUAUUAUUUUUUCAUAGUUGAAAUGUGAAUCAAGGACUGGCUCAGUGGAAAGAGUGCUUGCCUACCAUGUGUGAGGCUUGGGUUCAAUUCCCAGCACCACAAAAUAUAUGUGUACACAUCUAAAUAGUAUAUAUACAUGACAUGUAAAAAUACUGCAUACAUCUCUAAUUUUAAAAUUUGGAUUACAGUUCCUUCCUUUAUAAAAUGACCCACCGCUUAUAGUUGUGCUGCAUAACCUUAUAUUGGUUUUACUUCACUACAUAUUUUUGCUUAAACUUAUGGACUUAGUGCCUUUAAAAUGGUCAUCAGGGAAAAUCUUGAAAAUUCAUUUGAAGGGCUUAUGUGAAGAAUGCUAUACAUUUUAUAUCUUGGUAAUAUUUAUAGGCAAAUGUUGAAUUUAUUUAUUUUAUAUGUCUAUAGCUUAUAAAAUUAACAGAUCAUUUUACAUUAUAAUAAAGGUUUUCUUUGCUGAAUUUAAAAUUAUAUAUUAGUGCCAUCAGGGGGCAGUGAUGUACUAUUGUGUAAUAACAGACUCAGCUCUUUAAAACUGUAGAAAUUGAUGAGCUAAAUAAUCUGGAUGAAUUAUGAGAGAGAAUAUAUUUGUUUAAAUUUCAUAAACACUUUUAUCCUUUUGUAUUUAUUGAAGAAUACUUAUAAGAUCCAUACAGUUGUAAAAUUGCCAAGUAUGAAUAUAAGAAAGAGCAACAUGUACAUAUAGUAUUCUACUUCAAACAUAAAAAUAUCAUUUAAUUCUAUAUGAUGCAUAGACAUAAAAUUUUAAUUUUUCUUCAUUAAGAACAUGAGUUUUAUAGUACUUUAGGUUUUUUCUUAUUGAUACAUAAUAAGCUAAAAUAGAAGAAUUACUAUUAACCAUCAUGGAUGCUCACUCUUCUAAAUGGCAAGGUCAUAUAUCUGAGCACUAAAUUAGAAUUUCUAGAUCCUAAAUGCCAAUAAAGGCUAUAAAUUAAAUAAAUCAGCCCUCUUGAUUUACAGAGGGAAUACAGAGCUACUAUUUCACUCAUUCCUCCCACAAGGCUUCUAUUAAAUGCAAUGCAUUGUACAUGUUAAUUUUAAAGAGUUUGAACUCUUAAUAUAGGUCGCGUGACUUCCUGUGGGAAAACUACUUUUUCUGUUAUGAUAUGAAAUAUUCUAUAAAUAGCCUGUGAAGACAAAGAUAGCUUCAGUUUUCUUUAUUCUUUAAAAGAUGAGUGACGUUUUCGUCAUAAAAGGUAGUUAAAUCAUUGAAAUGCAUUUUAGAAACAAAAUUUGGACUUUAAAAGAUGAUUCAUUUCUCCAACACAGAGAAAGGAUCGUUAAUAACUGAAUGGAUACAGAACUAAAGUAUGUGAUCCUUGACCUGUGCAAAGCCUUUCUCCUCUGUUACUAUAAGAAUGAUUUUCCCUUCACUGUGUCUUGAAGAGGUAGAGUUUGGUGUACAAACAAAAGGAUUACUUCAGGGGACAGCACCCUAUUUCUUAACACUUUUAUCACAAUAGCAUGCUUUAGUUACUGUUGAACCAUGAGUGAGAGGAAGGGGUGUUGCUGUGUUGCUUCUGGGGGAAAAGGGGAUAUGCUGCUCCUGUCAAACAUGACCUCCCUCCAUGGUGUGGCCCACUUUCCUCAAAACACAUGCACUACAGGGACAAAAUGGUGUGAUAACUCAGAUAUUUAAGAAUAUUGUUAGGACAACGAAGACCAAAGGGGAAGCUAGAUGCUUAAUAAGAAACUAGUAAAUGACUACUUUCCUCAUAAAGUUAUGGAUAAGUUCCUAUGAAAAACAUAAGUGGGAGUGAAUUUCCCCUCAUUCACAACUUAAAUCUUACAUAACAUUAUAAUGCUUAAUGUACCAUCCAAAUUCCCUGUCCAGAAUACUAAAACUUGGCACAGUAAGAUGCACACAAAAUUGCUAUCAUGUUACUAUGUAAAAUGCUUAAACCAAACCUUCUUAAUUUGAUUCACUGAAUUAUUAAUAUGGCUAAUAAAAAGCUCUAUGUUAUUACGCAGCUCCUUUGUGACACAUUGCAUGUUUUUAAAACAUCUAUAUGUGAUUCUGUUGUUUGACCAAUCGUAUUUGGAAUGUGAUUUAAUAGUUUUACCACAUGGUUUUGUUAUAAAUUCUGUAUUGCCUUUGGAGGAUAUAAAUAUAAAUUUUUAAUAUAAUAUUUGGGCUUUGGCCAUCUCUGUUUACCAAAAUCUUAUCUUUACUACAUCUUCAAUAAUGAGCACAUGGGUUGGUGGUUAGAAACGCAUUUCUUUGGGAUUAGCAACAGCAAGCAAGCUAAUGACUGGUCAUACAAUCUCUAAAUUUAUAGAUGGGUGUGCUUCUUUGUUUAUACUUUAAGGUAGAAAUGAUGUUAUUACUCUAGUUUUUUAAGAGAAAUAAUGGUACAAGUCCUAUCAUUUUUGGUAUCCUAGGAGAAUUGACAUAAGCUGUGAAUUUUCCUUUUUCCAGAAGUUUGACUUGUUUAUUUCCACAGAUAAUUAUGCUAUGUCCUUAGAAAAAUGAAAGUGUAUCUUGUGAAUUUUGAAAAAUAAUCUGUGUAAAUAGAUCAGCAAAAGGCAGAAAGAUAUGUCUACCUAUCUAAGUUGAGAUUUAAGUUAUGUUUCUUGGGCUGGGGAGAUAGCUCAGUCGGUAGAGUGCUUGCCUUGCAUGCACAAGGCCCUGGGUUCGAUCCCCAGCACCAAAAAAAAAAAAAAAAAAAAAAGUUAUGUUUCUUUAAAAUCCCCAGGCAAGCUUUAAAUGUUGUAUAUGUUCUAA